GUGAAAAUAUCAAACGUCGGAGCAGACUGCAAAUCAGCAUUCUUUUGAAGGGAAAAGGGUGGAGGAAGGCACACCGCAGGGAGCUGCAAGGGGGCCUUUACAAUGGAGUGCGUCGCCCUGAGCUCGCGCUGCUGUCAGGUCCUCGCUGCGACGCCUUUCUCGCGUCGGUCUCAAUCUCGCGCACCUGCUCGAUACACAAUCCCAUUCCCCACUUCAUCUGCAUUCCACAGGAACCUGCUGCAGAUUACUGUCCCUCACCCAAGGCACAACGCUUCGUCGAGCAGAAAAGGGAUUGUGGCCACACUUGCUGAAGAGGAGAAGCCCAAUGCAGGGCCGUGGUCUGUGAGGAACGACUUUGACAAGGACUAUGUGCUGGUUUCGGAGGAUGCCGAUGAGAUCGCAAAGGAGAUCGAGAAGGUGGAGCAGGAGAAUGCCCUGCUGAGGAGUAGGCUGGCGGACGUUGACAAGCAUGCAAAGGAGACAGCUGAGGACAGGAAAGACAGGAUUGAUGUGGACCACCCUAGGUUGGAUGCGCGCCCGCCACAGGGGCAAGAAGAGCAGGCCGUGUCUGAGCAGGCCGUGUCCGAGCAGGUCACAUCUGAGCAGGUCGUGUCUGAGCAGGCAGUGGCCGCACCACCCGCACCCCAGGAGAGCGCACCUCCAGGCCCCGCCUCGUCUCCGCCAGAGAAGGCCCCUGAGCAGAGCCUCGAGCAAUCCACCCUCGCACGCAUCCAGCAAAAAGACAAGACCGCCAAGGCCGAGAACCCCAUCAGCAUCGUGUUCGUGACGUCGGAAGUUGCGCCCUACUCCAAAACGGGGGGGCUCGCUGAUGUCAUCGGCUCGCUCCCCCCCUCUCUGGCGGCGCGGGGGCACCGAGUCAUGGUUGUCUCCCCCCGCUACAUGAACGGCGUGACGGACCAUCUUUACAAGGGCGCACUGGAUGCAGACACGAGGAUCCAGAUUGGGUGCUUUAACGGGUCGCACGAGGUGGCGUUCUUCCACGAGUACAAGGACGGGGUCGACUGGGUCUUUGUUGACCACCCCUCUUACCACAGGCCAGGCAACCCCUACGGCGACACUCGUGGUGCUUUUGGAGACAACCAGUUCCGCUUCACCCUGUUGUGCCUGGCCGCCUGCGAGGCCCCGCUCGUCCUUCCUUUCGGUGGCUACACGUACGGAGAGAAGGUCCUCUUCUUGGCCAACGACUGGCACGCCAGUCUGGUGCCUGUGUAUGUCGCCGCGAAGUACCGCCCCUAUGGAGUGUACAAGGACGCCCGCACCAUCCUCGCUAUCCAUAACCUGUCCCACCAGGGCGUCGAGCCCGGUGUGACGUUCAGCAACCUGAGCCUCCCCUCCGAAUGGUACGGCGCGCUUGAGUGGGUGUUCCCCGAGUGGGCCCGCAAGCACGCCUUCGACAAGGGCGAGGCGGUGAACCACAUGAAGGGGGCCAUCGUCACGUCCGACAGGCUCCUGACAGUCAGCCAGGGGUAUGCUUGGGAGAUCACCACUCCGGAAGGCGGCUGGGGUAUGGACGGCCUCCUGCGCAGCCGAGCAUCAGUACUCAACGGCAUCACGAACGGGGUGGACAUUGACGACUGGAACCCAGCGACAGACAAGCACAUUGCGUCACAGUACACCUUGGAGGAUCGGUCUGGAAAGGCGGAGAGUAAGGCGGCACUGCAAAAGGAGCUGGGCCUACCGGUCCGACCGGAUGUGCCUUUGAUUGGUUUCAUUGGGCGGCUAGAUUAUCAGAAGGGGCCCGAUCUCAUCCAGGCCGGCCUUCCAGAGCUGAUGACCGACGACGUCCAAUUUGUGAUGCUGGGGAGCGGGGACACGGCCAUCGAGUCAUGGAUGGCGUGGGCGGAGACCACGUACCGGGACAAGUUCCGCGGCUGGGUCGGCUUCAGCGUGCCGGUGGCGCAUCGAAUCACAGCAGGGUGCGACAUUCUCCUGAUGCCGUCCCGGUUUGAGCCGUGCGGCCUCAACCAGCUGUAUGCCAUGCGGUACGGAACGGUGCCGGUUGCGCACUCCACUGGCGGGCUCAGGGACACGAUUGAGACUUACAAUCCGUUCGGCAGUGGUCGGGGAGGGUCAGGGACCGGGUGGACGUUUUCGCCUUUGACUAAGGAGGCCAUGAUGUCGGCGCUGUGGACCGCCAUCUUCACGUACCGGAAUCACCCCGAGUCCUGGGAGGGCAUCAUCGAGCGCGGCAUGGAGCAGGACUUCUCCUGGAACCGGGCUGCGCUCCAAUACGAGCAAGUCUUUAACUGGGCGAUGAUGGACCCCCCGUAUGCAUAGGAGCCCAGGACCGUAUGCAUAAGAGCAUGUCACAGUCAGGCCUACGGUGUGUUGAUGAAGAAGUGUGUUUUUGCGAUCUCGGAGUGAGUGACGCCACGGUUUUGGAGGUAUUUUUAAGUACAGAGAGGUGCAUGUUUCCAUAAGGUGCCGGCUUCCGGUUCGGCAAGUAGACAGGGAAUUUAGAUGUCGAAGCUCCUUGUCUGCUCCAAGUUAAGCUGUCCUGGUCGGUUCCAGUCAAAUCAACCUGAAGGCAAUGUCUGCCAGUCAGUUUCUGGCCGGGGACUCCUAGAACAUCUUGAAGGUUUCCUGCACUUGUAAGCUUGCGGAUGCUGACACGAUCCAAACCUCUCGUCUAAGCGAGACCUUAAGUUGGUUGGCCGGAUGCUGUUGGGUCAUGC